CCGCCGCCGUGGUUUCCGUUAACUUCAGUGCGGUCUGCGGUCUUCCUGGAUGUGAUUGGGGGAUCAUUUUCAAGAAAAUCCUCUGAAAGCGGACUCGGGUCUCUUGAAAAGUUGCCGUUUGGACCGGGGAGUGCUCGGGGGGGCUGGAGCAGGACUUUAAACCUCGCUUUGCUGUGGAACAUCCGCCCGUGUGGAGCCCCAUGAGCCCGCGGCUCCUCUCGGCUUUGGUCCCGGUCCUGGUCGCGGUGGCGGCGGCGGCGGCGGCAGCGGCAGCGGCGAGCCCGCCGGCGGACUCCGGGCAGCAGGAGUUCGCGUCUCUGCGGUCCAUCCUGGAGGACUUUGACGUCUUGCCCUUCUCCAGUCUGCAGAGCCACUCGGUGCGUCGGCGUGAGGUCCAGACUCAGACUCACGUGGAGAAGGUUCUGAGCUUCAGCGCUCUGCACAGGAACUUCCAGCUGUAUUUGAGAACCAACGAGGAGCUGUUCAGCAAGGAUUUCAGCGCCGUGGUGGUGGGCGAGGACGGGCGUGAGCACAACCAUCCGGUCAACAGACAGACUUUCUUCACCGGACACGUCAUCGGGGAGGAGAACUCUCGUGUUCAGGCCCACAUCGACAACCAGGAGUUCUCGGCUCACAUCCUGACCGAUGAGGCCGAGUACAACAUCGAGCCUUUGUGGAGGUUCACCUCAACGCCCCCCGAUGGUCGCGUCCUCAUUUAUCGGUCAGAGGACAUCAGGAACAUCAGUCGGCUGCAGCAGCCUGCAGUCUGUGGGUACGUGAGCCCCGCCCUCACUGACGGGCGCAGAGCAGCCGUGCAGGACGAGCAGGAGGAAGGUUCUGGACCCAGGUCCAGACGGCAGCUCCACGACCACAGGAAGAACACCUGCCCACUGCUGCUGGUGGCUGACUACCGCUUCUUCAUGCACAUGGGUCGUGGGGAGGAGAGCACCACCCUCAACUACCUGAUCGAGCUGAUUGAUCGCGUGGACGACAUCUACAGGAACACGUCGUGGGACGAGGAGUUCUCUGGUUACGGUGUUCAGAUCCAGCAGAUCAUCAUAGAAAGUGGGCCGACGCCGGUGGCUCCUGGAAAGAGUCACUUUAACAUGAGAGGGAGUCCGGUGGAAGGUAAAGAUGUGUGGGAUGUCAAGAAGCUCCUGGAGCAGUUCAGUGUGGACAUUGCAGACAAAGCCUUCAACGUCUGCCUGGCCCACCUCUUCACCUACCAGGACUUUGAUGAAGGCACUCUGGGUCUGGCCUAUGUGGCCCCGUCCAAACCCGACAUCCCCGGAGGGCUCUGCUCCAAAGCUUGUCCUUCAUCUACAAACCAACAUGGAGCCAUCUACCUGAACACGGGCCUCACCAGCACCAAGAACUAUGGAAAGACCAUCCUGACAAAGGAAGCUGACCUGGUCACGACCCAUGAGCUGGGGCAUAACUUUGGAGCUGAGCAUGAUCCAGACGACAUCCUGGACUGUGCCCCCCGAGAGGAUCAGGGGGGCAAGUAUGUCAUGUACCCCAUUGCUGUGAGCGGAGACCAAGUCAACAACAAGCUCUUCUCCAACUGCAGCAAGCGCUCCAUCGUGAAGCGGCUGCGCUCCAAGGCCACUUCCUGCUUCAGAGAGAGGAACAUCAACGUGUGCGGGAACUCUCGGGUAGAGCAGGGCGAGGAGUGUGACCCGGGGCUGAUCAACAUCUCAUUGGACGGCUGCUGCACCCCUGACUGCCGACUGAGAGAGGGCGCUCAGUGCAGUGACAGGAACAGCGCCUGCUGCAAGAACUGCCGCUUUGCGUCCAGGGGCGUGGUCUGUCAGGAGCCGAUCAAUGCCACCUGUGAGGGCCACUCCUACUGCACAGGAGACAGCAGCGAGUGCCCGGCACCGGAGAACGCUCCGGAUAAAACCGUGUGCUUGGACAACGGGGAGUGUCACAACGGAGAGUGUGUGCCCUUCUGCCAGGCCAUCCUAAACCUGCAGCCCUGCGCCUGCAAUGAAACAAACUCUUCCUGUAAAGUCUGCUGUCGGAACAGUGGGGGGGUCUGUUUACCUUACAAGGACAAAAGCGACAACUUUGUGUUCCUGCGGAAAGGCAAACCGUGCACAGUGGGCUUCUGCGAUGGAGCGGGGAAGUGCAUGAAGCAGGUGCAGGACGUGGUGGAGCGGCUGUGGUACUUCAUUGAUAAGCUGGACAUCAACACCUUUGGGAAGUUCCUGGCUGACAACAUCGUGGGCUCAGUGGUGGCGUUCUCGCUGCUCUUCUGGGUUCCUGUCAGCAUCCUGGUCCACUUUGUGGACAAGAAACUGGACAAGCAGUACGAGCAGACAGCCAAGUCUCUGUUCUUCCCCAGCAAUGCAGAGCUGCUGAGCAGCCUCGACUCGGCUUCAGUUCGGAUCGUCAAGCCUCCGAGCUUUCCCGCCCCCCCUCUGCGCUUGCCCCCAAGUGGCCCCCAGCAGACCAACACCCCACCUGUCUUCAGACCAGGCCCCGACUCGGGUCACACCUCCCCUCCCCUGGACAGCCCCCGCAUGGCCACCAUCCAGGAAGACCCCAGCCUGGACUCCCGUCUGGAUGAGGACCAACUACAGGAGGAUUUUGGGCGGGCGGCGGGAGAGGGGUCAGUCCUGCGCUCCUUCGAAGACCUGACGAAGGCGAAGGUAGUGUGCCGCAGCGAGAAGGCGAAGCUGUUCCGACUGCAGAGACACCAUCAUGUUGAAAGCAAGGAAACGCAGUGCUGAGAGGUGCAGGUAGGUGGCGCUGCACCACCAGCUCCAGGCAGCAGCUGCUGCUUUCUGGAGAAAACCACAUCCUGUUACCGGUGCUCUGUGAGAGCCGCAAACUACAGCAACAUGCUUCACCAUGAGGCAGUUUGACGCAGACAAAUGAAAGAAGAAGGAGUGGAUGCUUUUAGCUGGGCAGUCUGCUGUCGGGGGGGGCUUCCCUAAAGGUUAUCUUUAGACUGUGAGGAGGUCACACACCACCAAACACUGUUUGAUCCCACAUAUGGAGUUUGAGCCUGCUUUAAAUGAUUUCUUUUUUCUCUUUCUGACCCACUUUUGUAUAAAGUGUCCCUCCUCCCCCCAGCUUGUCUAGCUCACCUCGGUCAGUAUUUUGUGUUUAUGGAGUUUGUCUUUGAGGGGAGGAAACCCUUUUUUGUUUGAAAGACGAUGUUACAUUGUGCUUUUUAAUCUUCUGAGGUUUGUUGGUGGUAGGCAUUUUUAAAAUAUAAAAAUGUUUUUACUGUAAAAACAAACUCAUUUUAUUGUCUGUCAUUGGAGCAAAUGUAUGAAUGUACAACAUAAACUCCAAAUGAGCUUUUAUUUGUUGAAAAUAUUUUACACCUGGUAAAAAUGCAUUACAUAGUUUGUCAUAUAGUAAAAUGUGUUUUUCUUGUGGUGUUGCCAGGUGGUGUAGUGGUCAGCACUCACUGCGUUCUUGAACCGCGUUACAUACCCGGUGUGUUCGUAGCUUCCCAGCCAGUCAGCACAUCAUUCAGUAUUUGUACACAAUAAAAAGUAAAAAAUUGUUAAGAAAAGUACACAAAACAAAUAAAACUUUUGUAUUAUUAUAAA